AUGACCCCCCGCCGCGCCCUCUUCAUAGCCUCAAUCGGCAACCAAAAACCCUACCGCUCAACCCGCCACAGCGCAGGCCACAUCCUCCUCGACGCCCUAACACCCCUCCUCCCCGCCGCCCUGCCCCCAACCACAUACACAACCUGGUACAGCCCCUCAUUCAUGAACGAGUCCGGCCCAAAACUCAUCCGCCAGUUACAGAGGUGGUUUGAGAAACUCGACGGCCAGGGCUCGGGGUGGAUUUCUUCGUCUGGGGUUGCGUUGCCGUUGGGAAAUACACCUGCUACACCUACUGCUGCGAGCGCUGGCACGCCCGCUACACUAGUCAUUCUACACGACGAACUCGAACAACCACUCGGCAAAGUACGCGUGAAGCGCGGCGGACCAGAAGCGUCGAGUUUGAGGGGUCAUCGGGGGUUGAUUAGUGUUUGUGAGAGUUUGAGGGGGAAGGGGUUAUAUCCUGCGAAUGGGGGCGCCAAGGGGAAAGGUGUGAGGCGGGAUUUGUCGAUUCUUAGGGUUGGUGUUGGGAUUGGGAGGCCGGAGAGUCGGGGGAAGAAUGCUGUUGCUGAUUAUGUUUUGACGGAGAUGGAUGCGCGGGAGAUGGAGGCUGUGAAGAGGGCGGCGGGUCAUGUUGUGGGUGUUUUGGAGGAGGAGGUUGGUUUUGAGGGGUGA